AUGUCGUCGCAAAAAGCCUGUUACGUGUGUGGAAAGAUUGGUCAUUUGGCCGAAGAGUGUGAGUCUGAGAGAUUAUGCUACAACUGUAACCAGCCGGGUCAUGUCCAAUCCGAGUGUACCAUGGCUAAGACUGUGGAAUUCAAACAAUGCUACAACUGCGGUGAAACCGGACACGUCAAGUCCGAGUGCAGCACCCCUAGAUGCUACAACUGCAACCAAACCGGUCACAUCUCCAGAGAGUGUCCGGACCCAAGAAAGCCCAGAUUGAGUGGCAGUGGUAGCGCAAAUGCGACUGCCAGCACCACCGGUGCUCCUGCCCCUAGAGGCACCAAGGUGUCGUGCUACAGAUGCGGCGGGCCCAACCACAUGGCCAAGGACUGCUUGCAGUCGGAGGCUAAGUGCUACGCAUGCGGAAAAACCGGCCACAUCUCCAGAGACUGUGCCGGUGGAUCUUCUGCCAAGACCUGUUACAACUGCAACGAUGCAGGCCACAUCUCCAGAGAUUGUCCUGUGGCUUAA